AAACCAAAGCUGGAGUCCGCGGAACAGAAGCUGGAGCCUCUUUGCGUUUCCCCGGCCUCCUUCCCGCACUCGGCAGGAUUACAGGAGGUCCUACGGGCGGGGAUGUGAGCUAGGCUCCCCUCCAGCCUCUGCCAUGGCAGCCUCAGGAACCCCCAGGAAGUGUGAUAUCCUAAUUGUCCACAGCUCAGAUGCCCAAGAAUGGUGUCAGUAUCUGCAGAAUCUUUUUCUUUCAAGUUUUCAGCUUCGGAACCAGCACACCCUGACCUAUGAACUGAGGCACAGGGCUGCCAUCCCCACUAGAGACCUGACCCUCUUCCUUAAUAGUCGAUGUAUCAUUGUACUCCUAUCAGGUGAACUAGUUCAGAACUUUUAUCAACCCACGGUGCUCUCCAGCCUUCAGAAAGCCCUGUGCCCUCCCCAGAGGGUGUUGAAGCUGUUCUGUGGGGUGGACGACUGUGAAGAUUUCUCAGGGUUCUUUGAGGACUGGACCUGUUGGCAGGAACUCACUUAUGAAGAUGACCCUGAAACCUAUGUGGCUGCAGUGAAAAAGGUUUUUUUGGAAGAUUCUGGCUGUGACUCCAUCACGGACACCGAGGCCGAAGACGAGAAGACUCUCCUCUACUCCAGGCAUAUUCCUUCUACUCAGAAGAACUGGCCCCUGGAGACCACACCGGGGAACCUGAUGGUGGUGCAGCCGGACCGAAUUCGUUGCGGGGCACACACAACAGUUUAUGUUAUUGUGAAAUGCAAGCUGGAUAGCCAAGUGAAGACGGAAGCUGAAUUCUCUCCUGAGAAUUCCCCUUCAGUACGUGUGGCUGCCAAGCUGGAGAAUGAAUACACAGUUUCUAUCAAGGCCCCUGACUUAUCUUCAGGAGAUGUUUCUCUGAAGGUCUAUUCAGGCGACCUCGUGGUAUGUGAAGCAGCUGUCCGCUAUUAUACUGACAUGGAGGAAAUUGGAACCUUGUUGGCCAAUGCAGCCAAUCCCGUGGAGUUCAUGUGCCAGGCCUUUAAAAUUGUGCCCUACAACAUCGAGACCCUGGAUAAGCUUCUAACUGAGUCUCUGAAGAAGAAUAUUCCUGCGAGCGGGCUACAUCUGUUUGGGAUCAACCAGCUGGAAGAAGAGGAUAUGAUGACCACUCAGCGGGAUGAGGAGCUGCCCACCUUGCUUCAUUUUGCUGCAAAGUAUGGACUGAAGAACCUCACGGCCUUGCUGCUCACCUGCCCUGGAGCUUUGCAAGCCUAUAGUGUGGCCAACAAGCACGGUCACUACCCCAACACCAUUGCUGAAAAGCAUGGCUACAGAGACCUGCGGCAGUUCAUUGACGAAUAUGUGGAAACUGUGGAUAUGCUGAAGAGUCACAUUAAGGAAGAGUUAAUGCAAGGGGAAGAAGACGAUUCCGUGUAUGAGUCAAUGGCCCACCUUUCCACAGACUUGCUAAUGAAAUGUUCACUCAAUCCUGGCUGCGAUGAGGAGCUCUAUGAGUCUAUGGCUGCUCUCUCCCCCGCAUCCACGGAGGAUCUUUAUGUAGAGAUGCUUCAAUCCAGUGCCUCUAACACAAAAUCUACAGACUCUUUUCCUGUGGCCACCAAAGACUCCAUCAUUCGCAAAUUUUUGGAAGGCAACAGAGUAGAAGUGCCCCAUUUGGAGAGAGACUCUCACCCUCCUGGUGGGGAUGAAGAUGUUUACCACACGGUAGAAGAAGAUAAUGCCUUUUCUAUGGAUCUGGCCAACAGACCCCCAGUGCCUGUGCCCAGACCAGAGACCAGUCCCCAUGCCAGUCACCAGAUGUCGCAAAAUGAACCAUAUAUUUCUAAAGUAUUUGCAGAGAAAAGUCAGGAGCGGCCUGGAAAUUUGUAUAUUUCUUCUGAGUUUAUGAGAAAAGAGUCAUUGGUUAGACCAUGGAGGGACAGACCCCAGUCAAGCAUCUAUGAUCCAUUUGCUGGCAUGAAAACUCCUGGCCAGAGACAGCUCAUCACCUUACAGGAGCAAGUAAAGCUGGGCAUUGUUAAUGUGGAUGAGGCUGUUCUCCAUUUCAAGGAGUGGCAGCUGAAUCAGAAGAAGAGAUCGGAGUCCUUUCGCUUUCAGCAGGAAAAUCUUAAACGGUUACGAGACAGCAUAACUCGAAGACAACUAGAGAAGCAAAAAUCCGGGAAACAAUCAGACUUAGAGAUCACGGUUCCUAUAAGACAUUCUCAGCAAUUCUCUGGAAAAGUAGAGUAUGGAAUCUACGAGAGUGGCCCCAGGAAGAGCAUCUUGCCACCCAAGAAUACGUUACGCCGAGGCGAUUGGAAAACAGAAAGUACUUCGAGUACAUCAAGUAGCAACAGUAACCGUUCCAGCACACGAAGUGUCCUCAGUGUCAGCAGUGGAAUGGAAGGUGACAAUGAGGACAAUGAAUUCCCAGAAGUUAAUAGAAGCCGUAGCCCAGGUCCCCAGCAUGUGGAGAGACCCCCCUUCAAGUCACUCGAAAGGCCUCCCAGGAUACCUCCUCGAGCUGCCUCUCACAGGCCUCCAAGUAGAGAGAAUUUCCAUCCUCCUCCACCUGUUCCACCAAGAGGCCGCUGACUCCUCCUCUACCAUCUUCUUUAAACAGGACUUUGGAUUUUCAGCUCCUUAAUGAUGAUAUCAGUGACUUAAUGUUGGAUUGUACUGAGAUUUCUCCUGGCCUUAAGAUGUAUUACAUGAUUAGACUGGACCAUCUCUGAAGAAGGGACUCCUUAGCUGCCAAGGACUGGGAAGCCAGGAACUUCAUUUCUUCUUAAACACGCUGAGUGAGAAGUUCCCUUGUUCCCUAGAAGACAGAAGACUUGGUUGGAAUAUGUGCCUUUCAUUAGGGGGGUCUAAAAAACCCCUAAGAAUAUUCAUAAAAAUGUGUUUUUAAAAUUCAUUUUACUGACAUGUUCUUUUAAUGCAUCUUCAGAAUACUCAUACAUAAAAUGAGUUGCCAAGCAAGGGUUACAGCAAAUGAGAGGAAUCUGUACAUAUCUCAGGGGUUUAAGCAUCUAAAUACCUGUUUGCUUUUAAAAAAAAAAAAAACACAAUUCUGUCCAGUGAACAUUUUGUUAUAUUAAGGAAUCUAUUAGCCAAGAGUAUUAGGAGUUAUUGAUAAUAAUAGUAAUAAUAGGUAGCACUUAUAUAGCUCUUUAAGUUUUACAAAGCAUUUUACACAUUAUCUCAUUUUGUUUUUAUAACAACCCUGGGAGGUAGGUACUAUUAUUAUCCCUAUCUUACAGAUGAGCAAACUGAGGCAGACAGAAUUUACCCAGGGUCACACACUGAGUUCAGAUUUGGACUCAGGUCUUUGGAACUUCAGGGCCAGUGUUCUAUCCAGUGCACCACUUAGCUGCAGAGACACCAGUCAGUACUCUGAGUCAUAGAGAAGGAACUGCAUUGGUGUUGUUGAGAGUGUCCUUGACUUCUCUGCCAUUUUCAAGCCAGGAGUGGUAGAGGAGAUCCCAUGGUAGCUGUGGGUUUCUCUCUUUGCUUUCACUAUUACUGGAUUUGAGCAGGACUCCAGCUUCUUUGGGAAAAGGGAGAUUGUUUUAUAUGGGAAAAAGUAGUAAAAAGCAUUAGGGUUUUUUGCUUAUUAGUAAUGAUGGUGAUGAUAACUGACAACUAUAUAGCACUUUAAUGUUUGCCGAGAGCUUUUCAGGCACUAUUUUUGUGGACCUCCCAAGAAGCCUGUGAAGUAACAACUACAAGUAUCAUUAUUCCUAUUUUACAGGUGAGGAAACAAAGUCACACAACCCAGAGGUGGGGGACUGGAUCCAGGUCUUCCUAACUCCAUGCUUAGCAUGCUCCUACUCCACACUUCCCAUCUCAAAUUUCCAUCUCAAAAUAACUAAAUUUGAGCAUCUUAUUUUGUUAAAACAGAGAAUACAAAUCAGCAUUCCGCGCACGUGUGUGCACGCGCGGGCGCACACACGCACACACACACACAGACACACACACACACACUCCUAUAAUCUGUCUCAGAAUUACCUUUUGCUUAGAAAUCCCAUCCUCCCCUUUGAACUCUAAAACCACUCUCAUUCUGAUCUCUGUCAACUUCUUUUUAACAUGGUUCCCUUCCCCUCUUAAUGUGCAUAUAUCCCAAUAACAAUAGUAUUAAAAUUCUGAACAAUUGUGUUUUGCCGGAUGAAUCUUUGACGAUAAAAUGCUCUUUAUUUCUUCAAUCACCCCUCUCUCCAGUUUCACUUACUUUGUUACAGGGCAGACAAAGACUCUUGUUGAUUUGACUUAUGCCCAAGUUGUUGAUCCUUCCUCAACAGUAAUUUUGUUAAAUUACAAGACAAAAUGCUGAACGCCCUCCUUUGGUUCAAAAUAAAUUGGUGAGCAUGGAAGGGUAUGAUUUGGAAUAAA